UGUCAGCAUCGUUGUUCAAACAAGGCAAGUCAUCAAGCUAUUCACACCCAAAUUCUUAGUUACCAAUCGGCGACGCCGUUCGCCCGGUUCGGAACACCCCGCCGAUCGUUGAUGAUCGGUUUCAAUGUACGAAUGAGUGAGAGUGAUGGUGAGAUGCAAAUUCACUCGAGCGACCAGAAAGACACGAGACAGGGUAUAGAGACCAGCAGCUAUCGCCGUCAAUCCCACGCGACGUAAGUCACAUUCAUGAUGCAAGCUAUUGGAGCUGUUGCUGUCAUCAAAAACUACUGGUCGAUUUUAUCGGCCUGGCUGGAUAUCAAAAUACUACAGAAUCAUUUUUUAUGUGCCUACAGCUGAUUCCCGACUUCUCCAAGAAGUCAAGACGACAUUCUCAAAGUCGGGUGCCCAGCAACGAGUUCGGAUUUAUCUAUGCCAGAGCAAAAACAUCCAGGUCUAUGGAGAGCAGACACUGAAUGCCGAUUACCACGCUGAGAAAGUCUCAACGCGGUUGCUGGCAAACAUUACACGCGAGAAACUGUUGGGAACAUAUUAGUGUCACGGAAAACCUAUUAUAGCAUUGCCUCAUGCUUGAGGCUCCCGCCGUAGGCAAAUGCAAAGAUGAUGCCAUGCUUAAUGGCGAAUAGCUGCGACGCGAGGGCUGGAGGUAUUGUUAUCCCAGCCAUGUCAGGCAGCAUAUUUCGCAUCCAGCAUUUGAAUCAGAAUGCACGUAGCCGUGUCGGAAGCGGCCGCUUCCAAGACAGCUCAGAGAUUCUCAAAUCAGAAUCAUGACGAUAGAAUCGACGCGAUGAUAACCUUGGGGUUGCAUCCGCUGUCGGCGAUCAGCGACUACGUGUGGUAUAUCUUGUUGAAUACCUCGUGGCGCCCAGCGGAAUGGUUGUAGUUGUGGUUGUGGUUGACCCCAACUUUGUGAGUUUGUGUGGUUGCAAAGGGAAAAAUUUUCUACUUGUGAAAGAUAUGGGCGAGUUUUGAUUUUGCAAUUUGGCCUGGUCAGCGUGGGGGUGGUUGUGAUUAACCGAUGGCUGGGUGACCAAUUACAUGUCCUCUUUCUCGAAUAUCUUCUGAGCCAAUAGAAGCUCCAGGGCAAGACAAGGCACCGCAUUUAAGCCAAUCAUUUGAGGUCACGCUCGAGUUGCCUUUUACGGUCGUCAACUGCCCGGCCACCGCACCGUUGCCCUCACAGGCUCACGCUCUCUCAUGAUCCAUUGAUAGCCACUCCAUUUUCAUAAUAAAUGGAGAAUCAUGACAAGCCGGCCCGUUUGGAGACUCCUUUCAACUUUGCCCACCAACAACCGCGGCUGCCCUUGGUAUACCGAGCCCACCUCAUGCGCCGUGCCUUGCCUGGAAUCGGUAGCCCCUGGGAGACGAGGCUCUGUCUGUGUCUGGCAAGACCAGGAAACUUUGCUAAUGUCAUAGUCAAUGAAUGUAUGGAAACUGUCUUUUGCCAAUUUGAAGCAGGGUGCAUUUCCCAUUUCAUUCUAUUCCAUUCUCGACUUUGGUUUUUCGUGGCGCUUAGCAGUUCAACGCUUGAUUAGGGCUCGCGUUUCGUUUCAUUUCACAUCAUUUCAUUUCUUCACACCUAGCCUCACUUUCCGCUCUCUCGCAGCAGAUGGUGGUAAUUGGACUGCGUGUACCCAUCCGGAGAGGCUCAAGAAACACAUGACAAGGGCGACCCUCACCCUCUUACUUGCCUUGACCUGAGACGAGGAGAUUGGCCAUGGAUCGAAGCAGAUGCGGCUAGGCGGAAGCGCCAUUGCAAGAGUCGACGUGCUGAUUGAACCCAAGACUCUUUGGGCAUCGCGUCCAACAUAGCUACCGUCAAGCGUCGCAGAUGAGCCCCAUCGCCAACAAAACAAAUGUGAACGGACACGUACAGCCAUAAAACUGCCGGUGUCGUUAGUAACCACAUAACGGAACCGGUCAACAAAUCUCCUCGGGUCGGUCUUGUAGGCGAGUCAUCGUUUCCUGGUAAGUGGUAACGAAUCCUCAUUCCAUGGACGAGCGGCCAACUACAUACAGACGUGGCCAAGGUCUCAAACGCUGAUCAGCAACAUUUCGUCGUAUGCUAGUCUGCAUGUUAUGUAGUAGCUUUACAAUGAUCAUCCAAUUCCACUCUGAACAUGGGGUAAAAACUUACCUAAGAAGCACAGAUGCUAAAAGAAAACCGAGGAUUAAAGUCACUAAAUCUGCUGAGGCUCGCGCAUCCCACAGAGAUAUUGCUGCUGAUUCAUAUGCAAGAGGUGGCACAUACUUUUUCUGCGGGCAAUCAGAAGCCUGACAGCCUGGUCCAAGCUCCCUCCAUUGUACCACAAGGAUGCAGGGGCGCGGGCUUCUAGAAAAACUGCUGGAACCUAGCAGAUCAAGGGUCGGGGUGUGAAGCCAGCAGACAGCCAAAAUCCUGUUUGGGGGAAAUCCGCUAUAACGCCAAGAACCAAUCAUGUAAGU